AUGGCUCAGACUACCGCUAGUCCGUUUAAUGGAAUAAAUAAUGUUGGAGGACUAGGACAGGCUGGGAGUUCAGUGAGUUCUUCGUAUCCCUAUUCAUCAAACUGGUCUGGUAACAUUCAAAAGUCGAAGCUGUGGAGAUGCGGCGAUCCAUACCGAUAUCCUUUCCCUGAAUCCGAAGGAGAUCCAUGGAACUGUGUGCUGGAGCCGUAUCGGAAGAACGAUAGGAUACAGUGUGAAGCGUGGAAAGAUGAAGUCCAGAAUCUUCUGAUCUUUGCCGGUUUGUUCUCUGCAGUAGUCACUGCAUUCACCGUGGAGUCUUACAAGAAUCUUCAACCUGAUCCAAACGAUACGAUAGUCUACCUUUUGGCCCAGUUAGUCGACAGUUCUUCGAACGUAUCCAACGUAGCCUUGCCCCCGCCCAUUUUUGUAAGGUCAGCAUCGGCACUACGCGUCAACAUCUUCUGGUUCCUCAGCCUUGUUCUCAGUCUCACAACGGUGCUCGUCGGGAUAGUUGGGCUACAGUGGAUUCGAGAACACCAGCAGUACACGGACGAGAUUGACCCUCGAAACUCUCUAUCGGUUUUCCGCAUGCGCUCACAUGGAUUGAGAGAAUGGUUUGUUCCGCAGAUUUUCACUGGCCUUCCUUUGCUCCUCCAGUCGGCUGUGUUUCUCUUUCUGAUUGGUAUCAUCGACUUCUUAUAUUCCUUAGACCACACGGUGUCUGGAUGGAUAACCGUCGCAGUGGCACUCACCCUACUAUUUCUGUUAGCCACUACAGCACUUCCGACAAUGCAGCUGUUUGUGCCUCACGAUGGUCAACAUACUAUCCCCCCUACACAGUGCCCCUACAGAUCUCCUCAGGCACGUAUUUUUAUGGUCAUCACCACCAGAAUAUAUACCGCCGUUAUGCUUCUGGACGCUUUUAUCCCUUUUAGAAAAUUUAGACGAAUCAAAAAGCAUUUCGCUGCUCGAUUCGCGUUGCGGCAGAACUUCAAGAGCUGGAUCGCCUUUGACGCGUGGUGGCUAAAUAUCCGGGAAGCUCAUAUAAAAUACAGACACGCACCUAAAUUUGACGGUAGCCACAAUAUCUAUAACACGAUCUCAUUGUGGCAAAAUGCGUCGACAUUGCCCACAGAACUGGAAGCCGAAGCGCUCCUCGACGCGCUCGAUCAAUACUCACACAAUGACGCCGUUGUUUUUGCCCUCUACCAUUGUUUCUCCGAAGUCGCUAAAGUGCAAAAUUCAAUUCAGUUUGAGCUGUUCCAGCGCUACUAUAUCCAGGCAACAGGACUACCGUACCGCGAGACGUACUGGCCGUCACGUCUCAUGCCUCCCUUUGACUCCAGCACUUCGCGCCUAUUGCACCACGAGAACAUGGUAUGGUUCCUGCUCUCUCUAGGUCGGAAUGGACAUUCAAAACGGGUGGAAGCACAUAUCGUACCGCAUCUCAUUGAGUUGAAGACGCGUAUCACGGCAUAUACGAUGAUCACUUGUCGCUCUGUUAUCAAAAACACAGAUUUUCUGGAUUAUAGCCAGGAGCAUAUGCAUUUCGCGCUCGGCAAGCCGGAUGGAAAUUACCUUGCUUACAGUGCAUUUGGGGAGCCAAAUUUCCGUUAUCCGGUUUCAGAUGUAAUGUACCAAGAAACGCUCAAUCAAGCAUACCUAAUCUACGAGCGGUUUACUCGAAAGGUAGCUAUGAUAAAGGAGAGUACUAAACUGGAAGAAACGACUUAUAACCACAUGAUAUGCAUUAAGUUCCUCGACAUUCCAAUGUCGCUUUUGAGGCAUGACAUGUGGGCACAGGACACGGCCAUUUCCCUCCACCCAAUCUUAUAUCGCACUCUCCAGUUCAUGGUCACGACUUUGGACAGAGUAGUCUCCGAAAAUACCGAACGUCCACUUCUUUUCCUUUCCGCAUCGUAUGUGCUCAACAGAAUUCUACAGCCACUCGAAGGUGCCAAGGAGCACUACACUAGCAAUAUUUACUAUCGGACGAAGAACCAGUCGGAUAUUCUGCCAUGGAUUGUGCAAACACCUAUCAUCAUGCUUAUGGAGGCCUUGAUACGCUACCACGACCACUUCCAUCCGACUAGAUGCUCCCCGUUUUCGCUGCGCCAGCUCUCUUAUGAGCGUAUAUUUCUCUGGAAGCUCGAGCCUGGCGCGGUUUAUGAGUUCAAGCGUUAUGUAGAGAUUCCCAGGGAUCCUGUCCUUGACAGUUGA